UCCUCCAGCCAAAGCAUGAGCAGCCUGGAUCUGGCCUCCCCAAGUCUGACCGCCAACUCCUCCCUGGCUGCCACAGAGCAAUGUGGCCAGGAGACGCCGCUGGAGAACGUGCUGUUUGCCUCCUUCUACCUCCUGGAUUUCAUCCUGGCGUUUGUUGGCAACGCCCUGGCCCUGUGGCUCUUCAUCCGGGACCACAAAUCAGGCACCCCGGCCAACGUGUUCCUUCUGCACCUGGCUGUGGCCGACUUGUCCUGUGUGCUGGUCCUGCCCACCCGCCUCGUCUACCACUUCUCCGGGAACCACUGGCCAUUCGGGGAAAUCCCAUGCCGACUCACCGGCUUCCUCUUCUACCUCAACAUGUACGCCAGCAUCUACUUCCUCACCUGCAUCAGCGCUGACCGCUUCCUGGCCAUCGUGCACCCGGUCAGGUCCCUCAAGCUCCGUCGGCCCCUCUACGCUCACCUGGCCUGUGCCUUCCUGUGGGUGGUGGUGGCCGUGGCCAUGGCCCCGCUGCUGGUGAGCCCGCAGACGGUGCAGACCAACCACACAGUCGUCUGCCUGCAGCUGUACCGGGAGAAGGCUUCCCACCACGCCCUCGUGUCCCUGGCUGUGGCCUUCACCUUCCCGUUUGUCACUACGGUCACCUGCUACCUGCUGAUCAUCCGCAGCCUGCGGCAGGGCCCCCGCGUGGAGAAGCGUCUCAAGAACAAAGCCGUCCGCAUGACCGCCAUGGUGCUUGCCAUCUUCCUGGUCUGCUUCGUGCCCUACCAUGUCAACCGCUCGGUCUACGUGCUGCACUACCGUGGUGGCGGGACCUCCUGCGCCACGCAGCGUGUCCUGGCCCUGGGGAACCGCAUCACCUCCUGCCUCACCAGCCUCAACGGGGCCCUCGACCCAGUCAUGUACUUCUUCGUGGCCGAGAAGUUCCGCCACGCCCUGUGCAACUUGCUCUGUGGCAGGAGGCUCACGGGCCCGCCCCCCAGCCUCGAAGGGAAAACCAACGAGAGCUCGCUGAGCGCCAGGUCAGAGCUGUGA